CACAACAGAUCCACAAAUUUCAUAGGUAGAGCGAAUCGGAGCGAAAGAGAGAUGGUGACGAAAACGGAGGAGACAGAGUUAAACCAACUCGAGAAUCAAGUUGAGAAUGGAGGUGGAGGUGUUUGGGAGUAUCUGUCCCUCGUUCGUAAGCUCAAGGUUCGCCGAUCAGAGAUUGUGCUCAAACAUGGUCUCUCGAUCUUGAACGAUCCGGGAAAGCGAUCUGCUCUUGGUCCAGAUGAAUGGACCCUGUAUGAGCAGGUAGCUAUUGCAGCUAUGGACUGUCAAUCUCUUAAUGUUGCACAGAAUUGCAUCAAGGUUCUGAAGAAGAAAUUUCCGGAGAGCAAACGUGUUGGCAAGCUGGAGGCAUUGCUGCUAGAAGCAAAGGGAAUGUGGGAAGAGGCUGAAAAAGCGUAUACAAGCCUUUUGGAGGAUAAUCCACUUGAUCAAGUAAUACACAAAAGAAAGGUGGCUAUGGCCAAGGCACAGGGCAAACCUUCCCUAGCCAUUGAGCAUCUAAACAAAUAUCUUGAAGUAUUCAUGGCUGAUCAUGAUGCCUGGAGAGAACUUGCAGAAAUUUAUGUUUCCUUGCAAAUGUACAAACAAGCAGCUUUCUGCUACGAGGAGCUCAUACUAACCCAACCUACUCUUCCACUGUACCACCUAGCAUAUGCAGAUGUUCUCUACACAAUUGGUGGACUAGAAAACCUCAUCGCAGCAAGAAAGUACUAUGCAGCAACCAUAGACUUGACAGGUGGUAAAAGCACAAGAGCCCUACUCGGAAUAUGCUUGUGUGGAUCAGCGAUUGCACAGCUCUCAAAAGGCAGGAACAAAGAGGACAAGGACAUGGCUGCACCAGAGCUCCAGUCUCUAGCUGCAACUGCAUUGGAGAGAGAGUACAAGCAAAAAGCCCCGGCUAAGCUCAACCUGCUUUCUUCUGCCUUGAGAAGCUUGAAAAUCUCGAGUUGAAACCACAAGAGUUGAAACAAUUUUUUGGUGUUUUGGUUUUAAAGUUUGGCAGACAUCUACUCGUUUUCGUUUCCCCUUAUAGUUUCCUAUUCAUAUCCCUUGGUUAUACUGAAUCACUGAUGCCGUUUACUUGAGAGUUUGAUCAA